AUGACGAAGCGAAAGGAAGUCGAUUCAAAGCCGGAGUCUGAAACCGACCGGCGACAACAGGCCCAAAAGGCCAAGAUCCUUGCGAAUAUCGCGGAGAAACUUUUCAAUGACGUCGUCGUAUCUGUCCAGCAAGGAAAUUCCAAAGGCCUCUGGGAGCUCGGUCUCCAGGCUCUUGAGCAGGCAAACGAGUUUUCAUUGAUUCAGAAGGCUGGGCCCAUCGAAACGCUUCCCAUUGAGAAAACGAUUGAAAUCACCAAUAAGUAUUUACGCCUUUCAACACAGAAUGAAGCAGCUGCACGCUGUAUCAUUAACAAUAUUCUAUUCGCUCUGUUAGAUACAGUUGUGCCGCAUCCAAACAAUGGCCACUGGCCAUUAAAUCUUCAGAUGGAGACCUCGCUAACCUCUCGUCCGUUCCCCCUAAGGGGGAAGGUGUACCAAGCAAAGGGCACCUACGAUUAUAUAUUGUGGUACGGAGAUAAGGGCGGCGCAGAUAAGGCUAUUAACUUAGUCCUUGUUGAGGCGAAGAAGCUAGGCCUUACUAGCCAAGGUGACGACUAG